AAUUUAACAAUCAAUUGACAGCACCUGCAAUAAAUUUACGUCAAAAUUAAUUUAAUUAAAAUAGAUUUAAAAAAUAUAAGUGUACUGUUGGAUUUAUAUGAAGAGGAGGGGAUUCUAUCUUCUCUCUUCUUCAUAUAAAGGUUAAUUCAUACGUCAGACAAUUCUAUCGUCUGCAGAGUCUCAGAGAGUACAAACACAACGUGUACAUAUACAGUACUUACGUGUUUUGUGGAAAUAUUACUCUGAUAAUGACUACGCCAGAGAAUUCUGUAAUAAAGAUCAAUAAGUGGGACGGCACAGCGGUCAAGAAUGCUUUAGAUGAUGCAGUCAAGGAUGUACUUACAAAGAAAUAUAAUUACAUAGAGAAUUUUUCUCUUCUCGAUGGAAGACUGGGGCUCUGUGGGGUUGCUGUGACAAUAGCUAUCAUAGCAUUGUUGUGCGAUUAUCUGUAUCCAUUCCCUGCUUCCAAGCCUGUUUUAGUAGCCUGCGUCUCUCUGUAUUUCAUUCUAAUGGGACUCUUGACAUUAUAUACAACGUACAAAGAGAAAGGCAUAUUUGUAGUUGCGGUCCAAAGAGAUCCAGCAGGCUUCAAUCCCGACUUGAUCUGGGAGGCAAGUUCCUAUUUGAAGAAAUAUGAUGACAAAUAUAACUUGAUAUUGUCAGUUAGAAGCGCUUCGGGCAACCUUAAUGAAUCAACAGUAACUAAGUCUGUUGCAAAUUUCAUCGAUGUUAAUGGUGUAGUGAUUCCAGAAUUGAUAGAAACUGUUGUCACAAAUCUGCAUGACAGCCUGACAUCACAACGCAAAGAAAAGUAGCAGUAUUCUGAUAUUUGAACAUUUCCUGAAGUUUCUUUUUGUUCUACAUGUGUGAAUAAAUUCGAUAUGUAUUGCAGUUUUGCAUACACUUUCUGAAA